CGCCCUUGGCGGAAUGUGAGUCGGCCGACCCGGUGACCAGCGACUCAGUCGAAGUCACUGGAAGCACCUAGGCCUGUUACGUUCCGAACGUUAUUCUUACUUCUUAUGAAUUAUAUCUUUAUAACUGGUCACGCACAUUCUCCCAACUUGCUCUUAAUACUUGGGGAUAUACAUAUUGUGGGCGCGAAAGAGGUUUAGAAGCGCGGAGCUUCGUCAUCUUCUUGCCCAACUUCAUGGCUUUAUGGCGCUACAACGAGGAUGACGGCGGAAACUGAUGUCCUUUUGCUAUUUUUACAUUGCUUCCAAUUUUCGCCUCAAGCCCUCUUUUCACUUCUUGAUACUUUUUUUUCUACCUCUCUACCCAUUUAAUUGCUUGUCGAUGUAUUCCCCUUCUUCUGUUACUCUGAAGUUCGACGUGAUGAAAAUGAGGACACGCCUCCAUAGCUUAUCAAUGUUUUCUGUUUCUCUUUGUCCACACACACACGAGGGGCCGGCGUCUUUAUUGGUGAAUAACGGGUUCAUGGGACAUCGCGCUUGAUUUUCCUCGAUGGGUUACAAAACGGGACCUUGGACAUGGACAUAUGGGAGACCUGGAAAUAGGGAGAAUAUAAGGGAUGCCUAGAGUAUGUAGAGGCCUUGCUGUCUCGGUAUACAGACGAUCAAAAUGAAAAGCAUUGCUGUUGCUGAUCC